AUGGCUAACGACGAGUACGAUUUUCUUUUCAAGGUUGUGUUGAUUGGAGACUCUGGUGUCGGAAAGUCCAACCUGCUCAGUCGUUUCACCCGAAAUGAGUUCAACAUAGACUCCAAGUCUACCAUCGGCGUCGAGUUCGCCACCCGCUCCAUCCAGGUCGACUCCAAGACCAUCAAGGCGCAGAUUUGGGACACCGCCGGUCAGGAACGAUACCGCGCCAUCACGUCUGCGUAUUACCGAGGUGCCGUCGGCGCCCUGCUCGUCUACGAUAUCAGCAAGCACCAGACAUAUGAGAACGUCACGCGGUGGCUCAAGGAGCUGCGGGACCAUGCCGAUGCGAACAUUGUCAUCAUGCUAGUGGGUAACAAGAGCGAUUUGCGGCACCUACGGGCUGUGCCGACAGAGGAGGCCAAGGCAUUUGCGAGCGAGAACCACCUAUCUUUCAUCGAGACAUCUGCUCUCGAUGCCAGCAACGUUGAGCUUGCAUUCCAGAACAUCUUGACCGAGAUCUACCGAAUUGUAUCAAGCAAGGCACUUGACAGCGGCGACGGUGCCCAGGCCACCAUCGGGGCAGGAACCAACAUUUCUCUGAGCAAGCCAGCCGACGACGGCACGAAGGCAGCGGGCAAGUGCUACCACCAGCAGAUGUUGUUCCGCCUUGGUCACGGACACCCCGAUGGUUUCGACAAUGUUGGGACGAUCAGGUCCACGAAACACGCCCGUUUGGCUGAGGAGGUCCCCCCCGCGCUAGAACUGGGCACCUCGACAAUGCCUGGCCGUGCUCUGGCCAGGCCAUCCCUGCUUAUCGAUAAGCACCUGCCAGAAAUUUUGGCCGGCAGCCAAAUCGAAAUGCGACCGACCAACCCCUUGAUUCCUAUCGAGAAGAUGGCGACAGUAUACAAGUCUCUCUCUAAAUCUAGUGGUCCCAAGGACGACGAGAAUUCCAGCCAUGGCCCAAGGAAAAAUAAGCAGAGAGUCCUGGCUCUCUCGUCCAGAGGCGUCACGUACAGACAUCGACACCUUCUCAAUGAUCUCGCAGCCAUGAUGCCUCACGCGCGGAAAGAUGCCAAGUUCGACUCGAAAUCCAAGCUGUACCAACUCAACGAGCUGGCCGAGCUGUACAACUGCAACAACGUGCUCUUCUUCGAGGCGCGGAAGGGUCAGGACUUGUACCUGUGGGCGAGCAAAGUGCCGAACGGUCCGACCGUCAAGAUGCACGUUCAGAACAUGCACACUAUGGAGGAGCUACAUUUCACAGGAAACUGCCUGAAGGGCUCACGGCCGGUUUUGUCGUUCGACGCCGCAUUCGAGACAGAUCCCCACCUGCAGGUCAUCAAGGAGCUCUUCACACACAUCUUCGGUGUGCCCCAAGGCGCAAGGAAAUCGAAGCCCUUCAUCGAUCAUGUCAUGGGCUUCACGGUGGCGGACGGCAAGAUCUGGGUGCGCAACUACCAGAUCAACGAGGUGGAGGCGACGAGUGCCAAAGCCGACGGCGAGGACGAUGAGGAAGCAGAGAAGGCGUCAAAGAAGAAGCCAUUCGGCGGACGGAAUAAGGACACUGACAUCAAGCUGGUGGAGAUCGGCCCGCGGUUCGUCUGCACGCCGAUCAUCAUACAGGAGGGCUCGUUCGGAGGCCCCAUCAUCUACGAGAACAAGCAGUUCGUGUCGCCUAACCAGGUGCGUUCCGAGCUGAGGAGGAAGAAGGCUGGGCGACGGAACAUCAGGGCGGAACAGGCAGCGGAGAGCACGGGCAGGAAAGGCCAGCUCGGCUUGAAGACGGAUGGGGAGAACAAAAAGACAGAUGUUUUGUCCACCAAGGCCGUCUUUUCUUAA